GGCUAAACGGCCGUGUCCAAGCUCGCCUCGACUCCUCAACCCGCUCGACACUGGCAACCUCCCUCUCCUCACCACUGUCUUCCUCUGAGACGUCCGAGACGAUGGCGAGACUGAACAAGAACAACUCGGCCGUGAAGCGCAUCAUGCAAGAGGCCAGGGAACUGGCCAACGACCCGUGCACGGACUAUUCUGCGGCGCCACUCGAGGAUGACAUCUUUGAGUGGCAUUGCACGCUGCGCGGACCGAAUGGGACGGAGUUUGAGGGCGGGGUCUAUCAUUUCCGCAUCUUGCUGCCAGCAGAGUAUCCCUUCCGCCCGCCGUCGAUCAUGAUGCUCACGCCGAACGGCCGGUUCGAGCUGAACACGAAGAUCUGCAUUAGCUUUACUAGCUACCACGAAGAGCUGUGGCAACCUGCAUGGGGCGUGCGGACAGCUAUUGUCGGAUUGCAAGGCUUCUUCCCGCUCAAAGGCACAGCGGCGGUCGGUGUUGGUGCACUCGAGUACCCAGUUGCAGAGCGCAAGCGGCUAGCUGCCCUCUCGCGAGAGUGGGUAUGCCCCAAAUGCAACUGCACGAACCUCGAACUCCUCCCCGACCCUCCGUCAGAUGCCAGCCGUGCAGCACCGCCGAACGCCGAAUCACAGAUCACAGAAGUGCCAGCGGCGUCGCCCGGCCCACUCACGCCAGCCACCCCUGCUGUAAUCGCAGACGUCAAGCAGAAGGCAUCUGCCGACGAGCCGCCGCGCGCACAAGUCGAUGCUCCCUCUCCUUCCAUCCCCAUCGUCGCGCCCCGUCCCCAGCGCCCCAGUCCGCCUCCAUCAAUCCUUACCACACCCAUCGACACCACCCCUACGCCUCGGACCGUCUCGCCUCGUCCGGAUGGCGCUUCAUCAGCGCAGCUACAGCAGGCCGCUGGUCCCAAGCGCGACGCGCAGAGCUCCGGUCGGCCGCCCGUCUUGUUAGACACGGCUAUCUGCGUUCUUCUUGUCCUCCUAUUCGCGCUGAUCGUGAAGAGGUUUUUGUGAGCGUGCGCAUGAGCCUACAACACCGUUUCCUUUAUGUCUUGGUCACUUGUCAUCUCGCCAGCCGUUAUGGGACAGUCAUUCAUUAGCAUUGUGGGGCCCAGUAGUCCUGGGACGCCUGUGUACAACAUCUCUACCACUGUAUGAUAUAUCAGAUCGGAUAUGGAUUUGUCGUUCGUUCAGGUCA